AUGGGCUCCGCACGGUUUCUAGGUUUGGGUGCUCUCCCCCCUAGUCCCCGGCCUGCUGUCCUCUUCAUGGGCAAGAUUCCUAGAGGGGUGGGUGGUGAGAGGAACCCGUGCGCUGCGGAGGGGCCCGGGUUUGAGGUUCGGAGGCUGUGUAAGCAGCCUCUCAGGGCCACGGUCUUCCGGAAGCUGUACGAGGAGGGCCUGGACCGAGGCUCUCCGCUCGAAUGCCCGGCAGCCCCGGCCUUGCCCACGGUCAGGGCGCCGCGGGUGGCAGAGGCCUGGGCCGCAGCCAGACUGCGCCUCCUGCGCGCCCUCGUCCUGCAUCGCGAUUGCCCGGGAGAUGUCUUCGGGCACCUUGAGGAAGGUCGGCGGCUGCGGGCCAGCGCGGAAGGGGCAGGGGCAGUCCCUGCUGCAGAACCCCGGACGCUGAGGCCGGCCCCUCGCGGCGGCCACCUCAGGGACCGGCGGGACGAGGGAGGGCAGGAGCCGGCCCUGUCGAGCCUGGAGGGCGACCUGGCGGGCAGGUACUACGCGCUCAAGAGCAUGACGGAGGCGGAGCAGCAGCAACUCAUCGACGACCACUUCCUCUUCGACAAGCCCGUGUCGCCCCUGCUGCUGGCCUCGGGCAUGGCCCGCGACUGGCCCGACGCCCGCGGCAUCUGGCACAAUGACAACAAGACCUUCCUGGUGUGGGUCAACGAGGAGGACCACCUGCGGGUCAUCUCCAUGCAGAAAGGGGGCAACAUGAAGGAAGUGUUCACACGCUUCUGCAGCGGCCUCACCCAGAUCGAGGCGCUGUUCAAGUCUAAGAACUACGCGUUCAUGUGGAACCCUCACCUGGGCUACAUCCUCACCUGCCCGUCCAACCUGGGCACCGGGCUGCGGGCGGGCGUGCACAUCAAGCUGCCCCACCUGGGCAGCCACGCGCAGUUCCCGGAGGUGCUCAAGCGGCUGCGCCUGCAGAAGCGCGGCACAGGUGGCGUGGACACGGCCGCCGUCGGCGGGGUCUUCGACGUCUCCAACGCCGACCGCCUGGGCUUCUCGGAGGUGGAGCUGGUGCAGACGGUGGUGGACGGCGUGAAGCUGCUCAUCGAGAUGGAGCAGCGGCUGGAGCAGGGCCGGGCCAUCGACGACCUGAUGCCCGACCCCAAGUGAGCCCGCGCCCGCCGGCCGCCGCUGCCUAACUUACCGCGGGCGGUGCCCGCGCCGCCCUGCGCCGGCGGCCACCCUUAGCCUCGCUGUAGAGACUCCGCCGUCGCCCGUCGUAGAGUUUAUUUUCCGAUGGCUGAGGUGUCGCUGACGCUGAAAUAAAGUAGGGUUCUUGGCCUGCCUCGGUCU